AUGGAGGAAGAAAUGGUGGAAGCCCUCUUAUUUGGCGACAAAGAAGCACAAGUUCUGGCCGCUCGGGAACUCGGUAAAUCAACGAGUAAGCAGAGACACAAGUUGGCUGAGAGAGGAGUCAUCGCGCCCUUGGUUUCGAUGCUUCAUGCCCAAGAUUACGAAGCCAUUGAAGCUGCUCUAUUUGCUCUGCUCAGUCUGGCCUUUGGCAGUGAAAGGUUCAUCAAUCAUACUCAGAACAAGAUCCGGAUUGCCCAAUCUGAAGCUAUACCAGGAUUAUUGAAGGUCCUUCAAUGCCAGACCGAGCUAUUUGACCUUGCAAUAGCGGCCCUCUUGAUCCUCUCUUCUUGCACUGCAAACAAGCUGGCAAUUGCGGCCUCUGGAGCUAUACAACUUUUAGUUGAAAUCCUAUAUUCACAUUACCCUGACGACAACUAUAACGACAACGACAAUGACAACAUAACCAUAAGCCUGCAAGCCAAGCUUGAUAUUAUAUCCACACUCCAUAAUCUCUCGACCUGCCAUCAGAUCAUUCCAUCAAUAGUUUCAUCUGCCACAGUUAUUUCUUUGCUUCAAUUAAUCAAUGCUUCUGAAAAAUCGUCCGAGUUGGUUGAGAAAGCAAUGGCGUUGCUCGAGAAGAUUGUUUCUUCAUCAGAGAUUGCACUAAAAGAGACUGCUGGGACUGAAGGUGCAAUUCAGUUGUUAGUAGAGGCCGUGGAGGAAGGUUCGCCACAAUGCCAAGAGCAUGCAGUGGGAAUUCUACUACCGAUAUGCAAAAGCUGCAGACAUAGAUACAGGGGGAUGAUUUUGAGGGAAGGGGCAAUGCCAGGGCUGCUUCAGUUGAGUGUUGAUGGGGCACGGAGGGCUAAGGAGAAGGCCAAAGCUCUGCUUCAGCUUUUGAGAGAUCGUUCUGGUUGCACUACUAGAGGUAAGCAAUCUAAGAAUGCGCUAUUGGAGCAGGGUAUGAGACAGAUUGAUCGAGGAGAGAGAGCCGGGGAAACACUGAGACUGGUUGAAGGGAUGAUCGCAAAACUUAGGACAUGA